AUGAUCGCAAAGCAUUUUAUCAGCCUCUUAGUGGUGCUCGUGUCAAAUUCAUCCGUCCAAUCUGCUCACCACGCCAAGGCUUCGAAGCAUGUUGUUUUUUCCACUUGCUCGAAACCCGGUACACUCGCUCUUACCUUCGAUGAUGGACCUUAUCGUUAUCAAAACAAGAUAUCUGACUACCUUUAUGAACGAGACAUCAAAGGCACAUUCUUCGUGAAUGGACAUAACUACAAUUGUAUCUAUGAUAAGGAGGUGGUUAAGCACUUAAGAAACACGUUCGCACAGGGUCACUUGAUUGGCUCACACACCUGGUCGCACACAAAUAUUAGUACUUUGUCAGCGGACGAGCUUCAUGAGCAACUUGACUUGAAUGAACGAGCAUUAAAAAAGAUUCUAGGAAUCAAACCUAAAUUUUUCCGAGCUCCCUACGGCGAGCAUACCAAGGAAAAUUUGAAAAUAUUAAAACAACGAGGAUAUGUGGUAGUCGACUGGUCAAGUGACUCAGAAGAUUCAAUGGGAGCUUCGGCUAGGAAAUCAAAAUCCAUAUAUACCAAAUUGGCGAAGAAGUAUCCAGCCCCUCAAAUCGCUCUAAACCAUGAGACUUACAAAGAUACGGCUCGGAAAGUGACACCACAUGCCGUGACUGUGUUACAAAAGGCGGGCUAUGAGCUUAUGCACGUUUCGGAAUGUCUAGGAAUGGGUACACAACUUGAAGAUCUUUAUCAAUGGGUUGGGGAGCCUUCCAAAAGAGACUCAUCAUGGACAUGCAAAGGGACACCAAAGCCAGAAAGUUAA